AUGUUUGUGGCUAACUGGGAACCAAGCUUUAUCCCUCAGAAGCCGGAACUCAAGUCGGCACCAAUCUGGCUAGAGCUUCGAAAUGUCCCUUUUCAGUUCUUUAAUGAAGAUGGUCUAGAGCGAAUAGCAGGUUUGGUCGGAGAUCCCAAAUUUCUACACCCUGCAACUGCAAAUAAAACAAAUCUGGAAGUGGCAAAGGUGUUCACAAUAAUUGACCCACGAGUUCCUCUCCCUGAAGCAGUUAAUGUGCAAUUUGAAUCCGGGGAGAUAAGUCGCGUUGCUGUGUCUAGUCCUUGGAUGCCUCCUGUGUGUUCCCACUGUAAAGAGAUUGGGCACAGUGUGAAGAGAUGUAAGUUAGCUCCGAUCACCUGCUCAGACUGUAACUCUUCUGGUCAUUCUGCUGAAACUUGCCCUCGCCUUAGAACGAAGUCUGCUCCUAAGACCAAAAGACGCAGACAUUCUGCUAAGCCUUGA